AUGUCUUGCUCCAGCCUGUGCUAUCCAGAAUGCGGGGUGGCCCGUCCCAGUCCAGUUUCUGGCAGCUGCAACGAGCCGUGCGUUAGGCAGUGCCCUGACUCUGAAGUGAUCAUCAGACCAUCACCGGUUGCCGUAACCCUCCCAGGACCAAUUCUCAGCACUUUCCCUCAGCACAGUGAAGUGGGAGCUGUUGGAGCACCUGUGGUCGGACCCGGCUAUGGGGGCUCAUUCGGUUAUGGGGGAUUGAACGGCUAUGGGGCGCUUACGGAGGAUUGCAUGGUUACGGGGAUUAGGUGGUUACGGGGCCGUUAUGGUUAUGGGGGAUUGAGUGGUUACGGGGGCCGUUAUGGUGGACUGUGUGGUUAUGGAGGAGGUUACGGGGGACUGUGUGGUUACGGGGGAGGUUACGGAGGAUUGUGUGGUUACGGGGGAGGUUACGGUUAUGGAGGAGCAUGUGGUUCUGGGGUAUCUUGCCAUAGGUACCUGAGUGGAAGCUGUACACCAUGUUAA